UAUGGUGUAAAUAAAAACAUAAUUUGGCAACUUGGCAAUCUCAGAAGCGCGCUAGAAAGGGAUAGAGAUAGGCAUAAAAAGGGACGGAGCAUGUUCAUAUACUGUACAUUGUGAACAAGGGAACACUACCAACAAAAUUCUAUACUACAAGAAAAAAUACAGUCUUUUUCCUUCCUCCUCAUCAUCGUCGUCCAUUUGACGAAAUACAUAUUCUUUCUGCCCUGAAGAGGAGUGCUUAAGCUAGAGGAAAGAAGAGCGCGCGUUUAAAAUUUAUAUUCGCUUCGGUACUGAUUUUUUUCCUUUUAUUUCAUCUAAAUAUUGUAAAUUUUUUCGGUAUUCUCACGUUUUCACAAUAUAGAAAAUUCUUUGAGUUUUGUUGUUGGCAUUUUGGGAAGAGUUGAACAUACGUCUCUAUACUUGUAUAACAAUAUUCCAAGAGUUUUUGGCUUGACGAAUUCGAGGGGGUGAAAUUAGGAAGAGAAGAAAGUAAUAAUAGCGCCGCCGUUACGGAUACGGUCAAAAUACAAUAGUGUGGUAUAAUACUGCAUAAACUAAAUUAUAAAACAUAUAAAACAUACAUACACCUAAUGUGCUCCAAUGUAUAUAGUGGUCGGUGAAGUGUUGAUUUUUUUGUUAUUUCGACGGCAAAUAUUUCAAUUGUAAGAACAGUUCGUUGCUAGUGUAGCGCUGAAAACUAGAAACCUAACUACCGGCGUAAAUUUAUCGAAAUUCUUUGUACGGUUAAUAAAAUAAUUCGCAAAAAUGUCGGAGCACCAUCGGGGUGCUUGGGAUACUCGUAGUGAUGCUGUCUGGUGGCCUGGAACGCUUGCAACACAAGACCAACAAACCCUUCAUCACCAACAGCUAAUUAAUCAACAUCACCAACAGCAAUUGGCCGCUGCUCAACAACAGCAGGUUCAGCAGUUACAGCAGCAGCAGCAGCAACAACAACAGCAGCAGCAGCAGCAACAGCAACAACAUCAAGUUGUUGUGCAGCAAACACAACAGCAACAACAACAAGCUGCCCACAAUGAUGUCACACGUAGCAGCAAUUGUACCACGUCCGGAGUAGCCACUCAACAAUUGUUCUCGUACAAGAUGGCAAGUAGUUUUCAAAAUCCUGCGACGACAAUGGCACAGGUUGUUGCAACAUCGAAUGCUGGUACCGUUUCGGCAUAUGAUUAUCGUUUGAAUAUGGCCACAGCACAGGCAGCUGCCGCUGCAGCGCCUGGCUCGCAAUGGUGGUACGCUGCAGCCGCCAAUCAAAGUCAAAUGGAAGCAGCGAAUGCUUUACAACAGCAUCAGCAGCAACAACAGCAGCAGCAGCAACAACAACAGCAACAGCAAAAUCAACAUAAUGUUCAUAACGUUAACACACCGCCGCCAUCGAACCAACACUUGACCGAUCAAAUGCAGCAGCAAAACCAUCAAAAUAAUACACCCAAGGCAAAGACGCCUGUUGUGCGAGGAAAAGUCGAUGCAAAACCUAGAGGACGUAUGACUGCAUAUGCAUUCUUUGUGCAAACAUGUAGUGAAGAACACAAAAAGAAACAUCCCGAAGAAACGGUUAUAUUUACGGAAUUUUCAAGAAAAUGUGCAGAAAGAUGGAAGACGAUGUUAGAUAAUGAAAAGAAAAGAUUCCAUGAAAUGGCAGAGAAAGAUAAGCAGCGAUACGAUCUGGAAAUGCAAAAUUAUGUUCCGCCUAAAGGUGUUAUGGUUGGCCGAGGCAAAAAACGGAAGCAGAUAAAAGACCCGAACGCUCCGAAAAGAUCAUUGUCCGCGUUCUUCUGGUUCUGCAAUGAUGAACGAAAUAAAGUGAAAGCGUUGAAUCCUGAGUAUGGUGUUGGCGAUAUUGCCAAGGAGUUGGGCCGGAAAUGGUCAGAUGUUGAACCCGAUACUAAGCACAAAUAUGAGGCUAUGGCAGAAAAAGACAAAGCACGAUAUGAAAGGGAAAUGGCCGAAUACAAGCAACGGGGCAAACUUCCAUUAUCAGCGACAAUGCAACAAGUUCAGCAACAACCGCAACAACAAGUACAAGUUCAGGUGCAAGCACCUCAGUCAGUUCCUGCCGAGGCUGAUUGUGACGAUGAUGGCGACGGCGAGGAUGACGAAAAUCAUUAGAUUGUAAAAUCCGUAAAAAAUUGUAAAAUAUUUGGUAAUAAUGUACGAUAAGUAAAGUUAAGUUUACUUUACAGAAUAGCCCUCCUACCAACCACCCUCCUCUUCCCCUAUAUAUACGACAUAUAUAUACGUUUUUUAAAGCAAGAGAAAUUAUAAAAAACGCUCUUCUUACUCGUUUUAAUUUUUACAACAAUUACAAGUGAAUUUCAGUAACGACUUUAAAAUAAUAAAACGUUUCGUUGACAUGAUAUUUUAAGAAAUCAACAUUUUAGUUUAGAUAUUACAUAGCCACACACAUAUUAAUUGUAAGAAAAGUUAAUUUUUUUAUUAUUUAAAUUUUAUUUUUUAUAAAUAAAACUACUAUAUUACUUAUAAAGUCAAAAUAAUAGCAAAAAGUGAAAUAAAUUCGACAAAAAUCUGAUCUGUAUAUAUUUAAAGAUAACUUUAACUAAAAUGAGCAAAGUGAAAUGAAGUUGCAAGUAAAACUGAACUACGCUAACUGAAUGACAAAAGUAUAAAGUAGAGGAGUUAUGGGAAGAAUGAAGUAGAGAUUGAGACGUGAAUUUGAAGACUCUUGAAACUACUAAAGGAAGAAAAAAACAAACUAAAACGUGUUUUAAGUCUAAUUACUAGCAGUAAAAUAAUGGCAAAGAUGCGAAACGCAACUACUGAAUCCCGAGAAGAUAGAUACACAAGUCGUCACGAAAACUACGCAAGAAUAUAUAUCCUCUCUGCUGUGUAUAUAUUCAAACAGAAAUUCAUGGCAAAUGCAUCAUUGGUCUGUACGUAUGUAAUUAAUAACUUAAGUUUUAAUUUUUACAUAGACUAAAAGGAAAUUAGAUUAAAACACAUUGAGAAUAUGAAGAAAACGUGGUACGAAAGAUCAUUGAAAGAAACAGUAAGACUUAACUAAAAAACACUUUCCGCCUGAAAGCGUUCGUAUUAUGUCCGUUGAGUUCUCUUUGUUGUAAGAAUUCCUUUCUGCGUAUAUCAUUUAUCGAUUUAGAAGCGCGCGUAUCAUUCUAUCGCAUCCAAACCGUUCGUUUUAUUGUUCUCCGAGACAAUUCGUACAAGAAUAUUGGCCUGCAUUUCUUUUGUUCUUUGAAAUUGAACGAAUUCCAAAUAAAAGAAAAGAUUAAAGCGAUUCCUAACAUUAAGGCAAGAUUUAUCCAUUAAACUAAAUCGUAAGAAAAUACCGUAAAAAUGACAUUUUUAGUGCCAGUGCAAUUAACUCGUAUCGUGAAGAAAGCACACAUCAAAACAUAACAUACACAUGCAUAACACCAACAAAAAAAAUUUCGAAAAUAAUAUACUCGGUAUUAUAAGUUUUUAAUUUAAUCUAAAAUACUGUUGUAUUCAAUAAUUAUUCGUAGUAAUUUCAAAAGGAAAAGAAGGAAAAUAAAAUUUGUUGAUUUCUUCCUUUGCAAUAUAUUUUAGUCGAAAAAUAAAACGAAGAAAGAAAACAGAAACAACAACUGAUAAUAAUUUAAUUUAUCGAAUAAGUUUCGUCGUUGAAUAGUCAGUAUUGCUGAAAAUACUACCACCCCUGAUACAGUAAGACAGUGAAUUUCUGAUUUUUUUCUGUUCAUUCAAAUAGAAGUUUGAGAAGCUUCACGAAAUACAGAGGGAUCAUUUCUUUUUCAUUGAAUAUUCUAAAGGAGGGAUAAUCUCUUAAAUAUAGUAUUCUUUGUUUUUAAAAAUGAAAAACCCUGAAAAGGAGGAACAAUAAGAUAGGAGCUAAUUUGAGAUUUAAAUGUUAUGAUGAUGAGAAGCCAAGUUGUCUGAUUGAGCUUAACUAGCGAAAAAAAAAUAUGAGAAAACAAACUAAAGAGAUUGAAUUGUUUUUUGUAUGUGAGGGCGAUUAUCUCGAAUUUUAAGAUCUUUAAUUUAAAGUAAUUUUUUUCAUUCUAUAUAUUAGAUUUUUUUGUGAAUAAUAAAUACACAAGAAAAGAGAAAAAAAAAUCAAAUAAAAAUAUCAUUUCGAUCAAA